AUGGAGUGGUCGAGCGAUUCAGACGACGAGUCCGGAAUGAGCGGCUUCGGGCCUAUUGGAGUGGGGGGUACGGGAAGCAGCAUUAGCAAGGACGGUGUAGCACCAGCAGGGGACGGCAAUAUCGACUUGGAUGGAGUGAGACUGUUGCCGUCGUUCCUGCGAGGAGUUAGCGAGGAGAGUAGACGGACGAUUGAGGCUCUCAUGGCGGCGAAGCCGUGCGGGCUGAUAGUGUCAGACGCUUUAGAACCCGACCAUCCUAUCAUCUAUGUGAAUAGUGUGUUCGAGCGCUUGACGGGUUACACGGCGGAGGAUAUUCUUGGACGGAAUUGUCGUUUCCUUCAGUAUCGCGGAGCAUUCGCGCAGCGACCGCACUCUCUCGUGAAUCCCGCCACCGUCGCACGGUUACGCCAGUGCAUCGCAGAAGGCCGCGAGUUCUGCGGGGAGAUUCUCAAUUUCCGCAAGGACGGCAGUGCCAUCAUGAAUACCCUCUGCGUCGCGCCGAUUCGCGGAAGCGACACCAGCGCAGUUACCCAUUUCGUCGGAGUGCAGUCUUUCGCGGAAACCAACGUCGAGCUUGGCCCGUUGCCAGGCCCGCCGCACAAGGAGCCGCAGCAUCUGCCUAUCAAGGUGGUUCUGUUCGGCGGGGAGGGCGCAAACAUGCAACCCCUUAACGACACAUUCGUUCUCGACCUCGCAUCCGACAUGCCGGCGGCACGUCCCCGUCGCGGGUUCCGCGCCCCCCGGGCGGUGGGGGCACACGCUGUCGUGCACGACAAGCAACCCAAGUGGCGCGAGGUCGUGGUGGGGGAGGAUGCCGGGAGCAGCAGCGGUGCUGGCGCUGGGGAGGGGGGCACCGGCGGGGCUGGCGCGACUGGCAGGGGGGGCGCCGGGGGAAAUGGUGACCUGGGGGAUGGGUUGGUUUUGAGAAGUGAUGGGGACGCACGGGCGGCCGCGGAAGCAGUAGAGGAUGGAGAGGGAGUAUUGAGACGGGGCCAGGGGGAGGCGGCGACCCAGGUGUCCGAUACGAGACAAGACGUCUCCGGCGGCUGUACCGCGUCCGGUCGUCUGCUCUCCGAUACGUUCCUUCUAGACCUCGCGCACAACCCGCCGUCGUGGAAGGAGAUCCGCGUGGCGUGGGCGCCGCCCGCGCGCCUGGGGCACACGCUCUCCGCGCUGGGCGGGCGCAAGGUGCUCAUGUUCGGGGGGCUCGCGACGAGCGGCGCGCUGCGCCUGCGGUCCAACGACGCGUUUACCAUCGAUCUCGCUGACGAGCAUCCCAACUGGCAGACCGUUUCCCCCGACGCGCCUCUCCCAGGGGGUGGCGGCGGCGCGAACGGCAGCGGGGCAGGGGGCGGGGGCGGAACCGGCGGAACGCCAGGGGGAGCGUCGCCCCCGCCGAGGCUGGACCACGUGGCGUUCGCGCUGCCAGGGGGGCGGGUGUUAGUAUUCGGGGGGUCUAUCGCGGGGGUAAGCCCUACCCCGUCCCAGGUAUACCUGCUAGACCCGGGGGAAGAGAAGCCGCGGUGGCGGGAGCUGGCGUUUCCGGGGCAGCAGCCGCGGAUAGCGUGGGGGCACAGCACGUGCGUGGUGGGGGGGACGAAGGCCGUGGUGCUGGGCGGACAGACAGGCAAGGAGUGGGUGCUGAAUGAACUGCACGAGCUCUCGUUGCUCAGCGCUGCUGCCAUGACGCCCCCUGCGCGUGGUGUGAGGGACGAGGAUGGAGGGGAGGCUGGGGGGGGUGCGAGGCAGGAGGGCAAUGCGGAGAGUGGUGGUGGCGGGGAGAUGCGGAGGCUGGAGGGGAGCAGUGGGGAGGGGAGGGCGGGGGAAGGGGCGCGUGUGGAGGAAGGGGCGGGGGAGGAGGGCGUGGUUGUAGCACAAGGCCAUGUGGCAUCGGCGUCUAAACCAGGAUAG